AAGUAUAAAUUAGGACACACAACCCAUAUUUUAUAAUAACAAGAGAACAUGAAAAGGCAAAUGAAGUCUUCUUGUUCACACUUGUUUCUUUUUUUAUCUCUAGCUCUACUAAUCAUUUCACUUCCAAAGUUUGCUUCUGCAUCUUUUGAAGAAGCCAAUGCUCUUCUUAAAUGGAAAGCUAGCCUCCAAAUUCCAAACAACUCCCUGCUAUCUUCUUGGACUCCCCUCCCUAUGAAUGCUACUACUUCGACUCCAUGCACUUCAUGGUUCGGUGUAGGUUGCAAUGAUUAUUGGUCCAUUUACAGGUUGAACCUCACAUCAUCUCAAUUAAACGGUACUCUUGACCAGUUCCCAUUCUCUUUUCUCCACAACCUUUCUCAUUUUGAGCUUAGUGUAAAUGAAUUUUUCGGUCCAAUCCCCGCACAAAUUUGGCUCCUGUCCAAACUUGUUUAUCUUGAUCUUUCAGGGAAUAAGUUUUCUGGGGUAAUCCCACCGGAAAUAGGGAUGUUAGCCAGUCUUGAAACCCUCCAUCUUUUUGAUAAUAACUUAAAUGGUUCAAUACCACAAGAGAUUGGUCAACUGAGUUCUCUCUCUGAGCUUGCCUUGUAUAAUAAUUCUCUUGAAGGAGAAUUGCCUAUAACAUUAGGCAACUUAAAAAACUUGGGUUACCUAUAUCUUGAUUAUAAUAAGCUUUCUGGUCAAAUUCCAAAUGAGUUUGGCAACCUUAUCAAUCUUGUGGAAGUGUACAUCAGUAACAAUUUUCUGAAUGGUCCUAUCCCACCUACCAUUGGGAAUUUGACCCGGCUUACCGUCUUGUACCUUUUCAAUAACACGUUGAAUGGUACGAUCCCACAAGAAAUCGGGAGCCUGGUCUCACUUGAGAGGCUCAGCCUCUUUUCAAAUCAUCUGUCAGGCCCAAUUCCUUCAUCAUUGGGUAAUUUGAAAUCUUUGAAUCUCCUUCACUUGUACCAAAAUCAACUCUCUGGAACCAUUCCUACUGAACUAGGAAAUUUGAAGUCUCUCACUGCGUUACUACUGAGUGAAAACCAACUCAAUGGUUCUAUUCCUUCAUCACUAAAAAAAUUGAGAAAGCUACAGUAUUUGUAUGUUCGUGUGAACAAAUUAUCUGGUACUAUACCACAAGGAGUACUCGCAAGCCUAGACAUGCUCGAGGUAGAAAUGGACAAUAAUCAAUUGUCUGGACGUUUGCCUGAAGAUUUGUGCCAUGGGGGAAAGCUUCAAUACUUAUCAUUAAGUAAUAAUCAUCUCACCGGUCUCAUACCAAACGGCCUACGAAAUUGCUCCAGCUUAAUAAGAGGUCAGUUCAAUUUUAACCAAUUUAAUGGAGAUAUAUCAAAUAGUUUUGGGGUGCAUCCAAGUUUAGAUCUACUCGACAUCAGUCAUAACAACUUUCAUGGGCAAUUGUCUCAAAACUGGAGUAAAUGCAAUAACGUGACAACCUUGUUGAUGGGAUAUAACAACAUUAGUGGUUGCAUACCACCCGAGUUUGGAAAUUUAACUCGACUACAAAAACUUGAUCUUUCUUCAAAUAAUUUGGCUUGUGGGAUUCCAAAGGAACUUGGAAAGGUGAAGGGUAUGUUGUAUUUGUUCUUACAAGAUAACAAACUUUCGGGUGUGAUACCUCAAGAGCUUAAAUCACUUCAUAAUCUGCUUACUCUCGAUCUAUCUACCAACAAAUUGAAUGGGUCAAUAUCGAGAUAUAUUGGUAAGUGGGAACAAAUCUAUUACUUGAAUCUUAGUAAUAACAAGCUCAGCGGAAAAAUCCCAUCUGAGGUUGGUAAACUAGGUCAACUAAACACACUUGAUUUCUCUUGGAAUUUACUCACGAAAGAGAUACCAUCUGAAAUUCAAAGUUUGGUGACUUUGGAAAGUCUGAACCUUUCACAUAAUAGAUUAUCUGGUUUGAUUCCUGAUGCCUUUGGUAAAUUGCCUGGUGGGAUUGAUGUCAACUUGUCUUACAAUGAGUUGGUAGGUCCGGUUCCCACCUCAUUUCCCAUCUUCAAAAAUUCUACCAUACAAGUAUUCCAAGGCAAUCCAGGUUUGUGUGGAAAUGUUACAGGAAUGAAACUUUGUGAAAGUCAACAAGUUACAGUGAAGAAAAAUAAUGAUAGCUUUCACUAUAGGCUCAUCCUUGUAAUAUUGCUUCCUCUAUUCGGGGCAAUGUUACUAUGCGGCCUCCAUGCUUGUCGACAAAAAAAGAAAAGGUCUUCUCCGGUAGAAGUAGGACCAUUGGUUGAAAAAAGUAAUGAUUUUUUCUCGAUAUCAAAUUUUGAUGGACGGGCAGUGUAUGAUGAAAUCCUAAAGGUGACAAAUGAUUUUAAUGAUGCAUAUUGUAUUGGCACCGGAGGGUAUGGCUCCGUGUAUAAAGCGGAAUUGCAACCAAACAAUAUUACAGUGGCUGUGAAGAAAAUUCAUUCUUCAUCAUCUGACAAAGUUGAUCAUACGGCUUUCCUUAAUGAGGUACGAGCUUUAACCAACAUAAGGCAUCGGAACAUAGUGAAACUCUUUGGAUUUUGUUUCCAUGCUCGACACUCAUUUUUAAUUUAUGAAUACCUUGAAAAGGGAAGCCUCAGAUCAAUCUUAAGUGCUGAUAUCAUAGCAAAGGAAUUAGAUUGGUUGAAAAGGGUCAAAAUUGUAAGGGCUAUAGCUAAUGGCUUAACUUAUAUGCACCACGAUUGCUCACCUCCAAUAAUUCAUAGAGACAUUUCAGGAGCCAACAUCCUUCUUGAUUCUGAUUAUGAGGCACAUAUAUCUGAUUUUGGCACAUCCAAACUUCUAAAGCUAGACUCCUCAAAUUGGACAACAAUUGCAGGCACAUAUGGUUAUAUAGCGCCAGAACUUGCUUAUACAAUGGUUGCAACGGAGAAAUGUGAUGUGUAUAGCUUUGGAGUUGUUGCACUAGAAGUGAUCAUGGGAAAGCAUCCUGGAGAACUCAUAACAUCUUUACAAAGUUUGCCUGCUGAGUAUCUGUUGCCUGCCAAUGUGGGAGAUAGUCGGAUACCGCCACCGUCACUCCAUGCUGAAAAACUAGUGAAAUCCGUUUUGAUUAUUUCAAGGGAUUGUUUGAACUCUAACCCACAAGAAAGGCCAACAAUGCGACAAGUUUCAAACAUCUUGGCAAUGGAUGAUGAACUGUGGAUUGAUAUCCCUAAAUAAUUGGUUUGUUAAUAUAUGUAGUGUACUUGGACUUCCAUCUUUAUUUAGUUCUCUUAAGCUUUGUAUAAUGCAUCCUCAUUACAUGUAUACGGAUGUCUUAUGUUAUGUUUUUCUUAUUGCAUUAUGUGCUAGUAUUAAAACAAUAAUCGUCAAUUCCUUUUGUUAUUCAAA